AUGAAGACCAUCAUCCUCCUGCUAUGCUGCGGCGCGGCGCUGGCCUUCGAGCCGAUCCUGGUGGACUACCACGCCCGGGUGGGCAUCCCGGAGGCUGCGAGGAUCAAGCUGGCUGAGGACGCGACCGACUUCGAUGGCGCCAGGAUCGUGGGCGGCAGCGCUUCAAGCGUGGGAGCGCACCCACAUUUGGCCGGUCUCAUAAUAACCCUGACAACUGGCCAAACAUCAGUCUGCGGCGCGUCCCUCCUCUCCAACUCGCGUCUGAUCACCGCAGCGCACUGCUGGACCACGAGGAACUUCCAGGGUCGCUCCAUGGUGGUCGCGCUUGGCACCAACCGCCUGUUCUCCGGCGGCACCAGGGUCACCACCUCCAACGUGCAGGUCCACGGCAGUUAUAACAUGAACAACUUGAACAACGACGUCGCUAUCAUUAGUAUUAACAGCGUUUCGUUAAACAACAACAUCCGAGCGAUCGCGCUACCAUCAGGCCUGUUGGAACACUUCACAUUCCAGGGAGAGGCGGCCCGCGCUGUCGGCUUCGGAAGGAUCAGUGACUCCAGCAACAACAACGAGGCUCUCCGGCACGUGAACCUGCUGGUGAUCGCCAACUUCGAGUGCAUCGACGUGUACGGGCCCAGCUCGGUGCUGAACUCCAACCUGUGCACGAGCGGGCGCGGCGGCGUCGGGCCCUGCAGCGGGGACUCGGGCGGCUCGCUCGACUUCACCUUCAGCGGCGUGCGCUACCUGAUCGGUGUGACAUCGUUCGUGGCGGAGCGAGGUUGCCAGUCCGGCCUGCCCGCUGGCUACGCGCGCGUGACGUCAUACCUCAGCUGGAUACGAGCUAGAAUAUAAAUUCACUUGAAUACUAAAAGAUCUAUUUAAAUUUUAAAUAUACGGAUAUACGAUA